AAUGAGACUCUAAUUUAAACUAAUCAAAUAGUAUAAGUGAAUAAAGUGCUUUGAUAUAUUAGCGUGUUGCUACUUGCUACCAUUCAUUCAUUCCACUUUAUAUCCCACGUUUAUAAUUUAACUUAACUUAUCCUUCAUUUUCAUCACUAUUUCUGUUGUAAACUGAAUGAACUAAAAAACAAUUCCAAACAUGGCACAACAUGUGAGGAACAAGCAAGUGAUUCUAAGGGACUAUGUGUCUGGUUUUCCAAAAGAAUCAGACAUGAUCAUUGUUGACAAUACCAUAACUCUCAAGCUUCCAGAAGGUUCCAAUGAUGUUCUGCUAAAAAAUCUCUACUUGUCUUGUGAUCCAUACAUGAGAAAUCUCAUGAACAAACCACAAGGGAUUCCUAAUCCUCUUUCAUAUAGCCCUCAAUCUGUAAUAGCAGGUUUUGGGGUGUCUAAAGUCCUUCAAUCAGGACACCCUGAUUAUAAGGAAGGUGAUUUAGUUUGGGGAUUCUGUAAAUGGGAGGAGUACAGCUUGGUCCCUUCAUCUCAAAUACUUUUCAAAGUUGAGCACACUGAUGUCCCGCUUUCCUACUAUACCGGAAUUCUCGGUAUGCCAGGAAUUACUGCUUAUGGUGGUUUCUUUGAAUUAGGCAGUCCUAAGAAAGGAGAGAAUGUUUUUGUUUCAGCUGCAUCUGGUGCAGUUGGUCAACUUGUCGGACAAUUCGCUAAACUGACAGGAUGCUAUGUUGUUGGAAGUGCUGGAAGCAAAGAUAAGGUAGAUCUAUUGAAGAAUAAAUUUGGAUUUGAUGAAGGUUUCAACUACAAGGAAGAGCCUGACCUCAAUGCAGCUUUGAAAAGGUACUUUCCUGAAGGAAUUGAUAUUUACUUUGAGAAUGUUGGAGGCAAGACACUUGACGCUGUACUAUUGAAUAUGCGAGUCCAUGGCCGCAUACCUGCAUGUGGAAUGAUCUCACAGUACAAUCUUACGCAACCUGAAGGUGUAACGAAUUUGGCACAUCUUGUAUAUAAGCGGAUUCGAAUGGAAGGUUUUAACAGUGCUGAUUUCUUUCCUAUAUAUCCCAAAUUCUUAGAGUUUGUCCUUCCUCAUAUCAGAGAGGGGAAGAUUGUGUAUGUGGAAGACAUAGCUGAGGGUCUUGAGAAUGGUCCUGCGGCUUUAGUUGGCCUUUUUAGCGGUCGCAAUGUUGGUAAACAAGUGCUUGUUGUUGCUCGUGAAUAGAAAGCAUCAGUUGUUUUUCCUAUGUAUUGUUAUCAGUUCUAAUUCUGAAUUUUCAUUAAAAAAAUUAGUUGUCUUUGUACCACCUUUGCAGUCUUAAUCUCAUGUAUUAAUGAGGGUGCAGUGAGCUGUUUAACAAUAUAUUAUAGAGUUAUUGCUUGAGAGUAAAAGCAUUUGCUUGCUUGAGAAUAAAAGUGCACUUGUGUUUUUUUUGGUU